GCCCGGGCCCCGCUAUUUGUACGGGAGCGGCGCCGAGCCCGCCCCAGUGCCCGCCGCUGCCCGCACCAUGCCGGGGCUCCGCGCCUCACCGCCCGCCUUCCUGCUGCUCCUCGUGCUCGUCGUUCCCCGGGGCAGCCUCGCCGUGCUGGAGCCCGACAGCCGCUCGGCCGCGGCGGCGGCGCGGGUGGCCCUGCAGUACCACAACUUCCAGGCGGGAUCCCUCGGCGGGCUCAGGGCGCUCGGGCAGGUCCGCAAGGCUACGCUGAAGAACAUCCCAGAGUCUGGCCACAAGUAUUACCUGCAGUUCAGCACUGAGGACUACAGGACUGGGGAAGAUGCUGGGAACUGCCUGGCUACAGUGCUGUAUCCAAAGAAAAAGUCUCGUCCUGUUGUCAGCAUCAAGUGCUCCCACACCAAAGACAAGGAGGAAAUCCAGGAAGAGGACAACAGAUUUUACCAAAUGAUCAGGCACCAAAGCAAACCAAUAACUGCAAACAACAUUCCAGACAGCUAUGGCAACAUUGAGCCUGCCCUGGAGCCAGUGUGGGCUCUGGCUGUGGCUGGCAGCAGCUCCAUCAUGUGGGAAAAGUCCACGGAGACCUUGGGAUACUUCCUGGCCCAAGUGAAGUCCGCGAGGCAGUGGAUCAGGAAAGAUGAUUUUAUUGAGUUUGACUACACUGUGCUACUACAUGAAAUCCCAACCCAGGAAAUCAUUUCCUGCCACAUGCGCCUGACGUGGCUCCCCGGGCAGCCUCUGAAAGUGAAACAUUUCUGCGCCUCCCAGGGCCACGGUGCAGAUGAGGGAUCUGGGGCAGAGUCUGGGUCAGCUGCUGGGCCUUCAGCUGGAAAGGGAGCCAGUUUUUAAGUGAAAUCCUCUGUUCUGUGGAUAUGGAUCCAGUCAGCAAGUCCUUGUGUGGACAGACCUGGAGCUGGGAUCAUCCUUCCAUGCAAGUCAGCGACUGGGAGUGGUUUCACUGAUUGUUCUGUGCCAAAAUCAAUUCCUGUCACUUCUUCAACUGCGAGAUUCAAGCUCUGCAGCUCCGCCUGAACCCUCUGCUACUCCAUAUAUACACAGAUGAACAUACAGCAGUUGAUUUGAUGUCACUAAUUAACUGUUACUUAAGCGUUUGUAAACAAAAUUAAUAUAUUUGGAUAAAAAUCGUGAGCAAAGUGUUAAUCUGUCACUAAGAGAGAUUUGCCUACUAUUUUUUGUCAUGUUUUGGGCUAGAAUGAUGCUGAUUUUUAACUCACAUCUCCAAUAAACCAAAUGCCAUCA